AUGACACUGAAUAAUAUCCAUUUUUUCUUUCUUUUUUUAAACUUUAGCUUUCAAGAGAUGAACGUGUCAGCUGCCAAUGUGUCAGUUGUUUUACAGUAUCGAGACUCCUUCACUAAAGCUGUGACCAAGAAUGUAAUUGUUGUGGUUCUCGGGAUCUCCAUCAACUGCAUCAAUGCCAGCCUCAUUCACACCUUUCACAAACACGAGAUCUUCUACAUGAAUCCCCGGUAUAUCCUUUUUAUUCACCUGGUGGUCAACGACAUGAUUGUAGUGACCUUGACUGUCUUCCUGUUCAUCAUCAGCUACACCCUCUACAAAAUAAAUGUCUCCAUCUGCUGCAUCUCCGUCCUGUUUGUUAUUUUCACCACUGAAAACACUCCUCUGAACCUGGCCUGCAUGGCAGUGGAGUGCUAUAUCGCCAUCUGUCUUCCUCUUCGCCACACACAAAUCUGUACCGUCAAGAGAACGUUAAUGCUGAUUGGUUUAAUCUGGACGACAAGCAUUAUCUCUGGUAUUCCUGAUCUCUUCAUCACCUUAGCCACAGAGCCGCUGGACUUCUUUCAUUCCCAAGUCUUCUGCCUCAGAGAAACUGCCUUCCCACAUCCUCUCCUUGUUAAGAAGAGGGAUAUCACAUAUUUAAUGUUUCUAGUUAUAGUCUGGAUCACCAUCUUUUACACUUACUUCAAGAUCCUGUUCACUGCAAAAACAGCAAACAAAGAUGCAAAGAAAGCCAGGGACACUAUCCUCCUCCAUGGGUUUCAGCUCCUGCUGUGUAUGUCUUCAUAUGCAACACCUCUGUUGAAAGAUGCUCUGCAGCGAUGGUUCCCUAAGAAUUAUGCAGACUCCCUCUUUGCUAUCUACAUUAUAGUACAGAUCCUGCCACGAUCCAUUAGUCCAAUCAUAUAUGGCAUACGAGACAAUACUUUCAGGAAGUACCUGAGAAGGCAUCUAUUGUGUAAAGUCAGCAAACCAUAAGCAACCAUUCAUAGACUAUAAAUGAGUCUCUCAAGGUAAACCUUUAGUUAUCUACAAGAUUUCUUUAGCACACUGCUCAGUCCAUACAACUUAGCCUGUGCACUUCUUUCCAUCACACUCUUGAGUGUGAGAGUCUAAAGUUCAGCCAGACACACAGCUGUUAUACAUUUUUGUAAAUCCAUCCAUCCAUCCGCUCUGGGACCGGGUUCCAGUGGCAUCAGACUGAACAAAGAAACCCAGACAUCCUUCCUCCUGGGGGAUCCCACAGUAUGCCCAGGCCAGAAGAGAUAUGUAAUUCCUCCAGGGUUCUUCCCUGGCGUCUCUACCAGUCAGACAUUCCUGGAACACCUCCAGAGGGAGGAGUCCAGGAGCCAUUCCAACCAGGUGCCCAAACCACCUCAGCUGGCUCCUUUUGAUGUGAAGGAGCAGUGGCUCUACUCCAAGCUUCUCACCCCAUCUCUAAGGCAGACACCCUCCAAAGGAAACUCAUUUUGGCCACUUAUGUCUGUGAUCUCAUUCUUUCAGUCACUACCCAAAGCUUGUGACCAAAGGUAAGGGUUGGGACGUAAACCGACUGUUAAAUUGAGAGCUUUGCCUUCUGGCUCAGCUCUUUCUUCACCACAAUGGUCCAGUAUAAUGCCUCCAUUACUGCUGAUGCUGCACCAAUCCGCCUGUCAACCUCGCACUCCAUCUUACCCUCACUUGUGAACAAGACCCUGAGAUAAAUGAACUCCUUCACUUGGGGCCAACUCACUCCCAACCCAGAGGGAGCAGCAUUUGGAGGUGCUGACUCUCAUCCCGACCACUUCACAUUUGGCUGCAAACCAUCCCAGUGCCUGUUGGAGGUCAUGGUGUGUUAAAGCCAACAGAAUCACAUCAUCUGCAAAAAGCAGAGAUGCAAUCCUGAGGUCCCCAAACAGGACACUCAACUUGCCCCUGCUGUGCCUCAAGAUUGUGUCCAUGAAAAUCACAAACGGAAUUGGUGACAAGGGACAACACUGGUGGAGUCCAACACCCACUGAGAAUGAGUCUUACUUACUGCAGAGAAUGCAGACAUAGCUCUCACUGCAGUUAUAUAAGGACCAAAUGGCUUGCAGCAAUAGCCCUGAUACCCCAUACUCCCAUAGCACCACCCACAAGGUGCCCCGAGGGACACGGUCGUAAGCCUUCACCAAGUCCACAAAGCACAAGUAGACUGGAUAUGCAAACUCCAAAGACCCCUCAACUAUCCUUGCAAGAGUGAUGAAUUGGUCCACUGUUCCACAGCCCGGACGGAAUCCACAUUGUUCCUCCUGAAUCUAAGGUUUGACACUAAAAGCAUUAUGAGGCGCGUUGAACUGACUUGACGCCCCAACUCCGACCUUGUUUCGAUUUUGGCAUUCACCUGGCAUUAACAUCCGUCUCAGGUGAUUCAAUCACAAGUGGACAGCUCUAAGUACAGGUGUGAACGCACCAAAGGCACAAUGAGUAUGCAUUAAGAUCCAAUCACUAAGAUGUAGACAUUCAGAGGUGGUCUGGGCUGCAUGUGGCCACAUUCAUUUAGCAGUGUAAAUGCAGUGUGUCCUGGGCCACAUUGAAGGACCACCUACUCAACUGAUGUUCUCUAUUUUCCGGCAGACUAGGCACGGGAAGGGCAUUGCUGCCUCCUGGUCCAAAGCUGUGUUCAACUCUUUUGAUAACAUGAUAAAGAAAUGCAUUAUUUUGUUUUCCGUCUUUCAUGUGAAUUAAAAGAAUGUAAUCCACCUCCCGUUAUUUCCUGUUUUCCUCUUCCCCCAAACCUGUUUUCCUCAUCAAAUCGACAGUCAGAAUAGAAAUAAAAAAAAAACAGAAAAUAACUUCUUUCUUGCUUGUCUGUCUAAAAACAUAUUUCAGAAGCUGAACAUUGCUGAAUAGUUUCCUCUGCGCUGCUCGACAUUAUGAGCUCAGGAUUUAUCAGGAGGACGGCUGCUUUAUUCCAAACAGUAUGAACCUGGACUGUGUGUAACAGCUGACC